AUGCUAAGUUUGAAUGUCUCCGAUUCGCUUCGUCUCCCAUUCCCGAACCCUAGGCCUCCCAAAUCCGAUUCGUGUUGCUGUUCAUCUUCUUCGUAUCCUUCUUCCUCAUCGUCGAGGAAAUGCGUCUCCGCUUGUCCAAUUCGGGUCGGGUUUUCGGUUCGAUGCUUCUCGACCGGUUUUAUCGUCUUCACAAAUUUGUGCAGACGUUUGAAUCAAUUGCGUCGAAAUCAAUCUCAGAUUAGGUCUCGAUGCUUCCGAAGAAAUGCCGCUUGUUACUUCAAGAAAUCUGAAUCUGUAGAAAAAGAUAGAAGUGUUGAUUUUCUGGUGGAGCCAUCGAUAGCUCACUCAAGAGGAGAGGCUCAGAGAGUUUUCAAGUUCUUGGCUGUAUCUGGUUCGCUCGCAUUACUCGGAACGGAUCCAGCUUUUGCGGUUUCCCAAAUUCCCAGUGGGAUGCAGUCGUUUGUCACUUCUCUUGGAGACGUCGGAGACAUUAGCUCAGGUUUUGCUUCGGCGUUCUUGCUUAUAUUCUUCUCUGAACUUGGAGACAAGACUUUCUUCAUUGCGGCUCUUUUAGCAGCAAGGAACAACGCUGCUACCGUAUUCGCCGGGACUUUUGGCGCUCUUGGGAUAAUGACGAUAAUAUCCGUAGUGCUUGGAAGAACUUUCCACUAUGUUGAUGAAAUUCUUCCAUUCAGGUUUGGUGAGACUGAUUUGCCUCUAGACGAUAUUGCAGCAGUUUGUCUUCUGGUUUACUUCGGUGUUUCCACCUUAUCAGACGCUAUUUCAGACGAUGGACUUAAAGCCGAGGAAGAACAGAAAGAAGCAGAACUUGCGGUUUCAGAGCUUUCAGGUAACGGAGCCGGGAUAGUAGCAGCCGCGAACACCAUCAUCAGCACUUUCGCAUUGGUUUUUGUUGCGGAAUGGGGUGACAAAUCCUUCUUCUCAACCAUCGCUCUUGCGGCUGCAUCAUCGCCAUUGGGUGUCAUUGCUGGAGCGUUGGCAGGUCACGGUGCUGCGACUCUGCUUGCGGUUUUGGGAGGUUCUUUGCUGGGAAAUUUCUUGUCAGAGAAGGUAAAUGUCACUAUCUAA